GUGAACUUUAUGUCCCAUAAUCUUAAAUCUCAUGAAACGAUGGAUCGUCAAACAUCUGCUAUCCGUCCAGAACAUCGAUUUGAUACCAAUAACCUGAAAAAAUACCUGUCAGAUAAACUUGGCAGCUUUUCAGACACCAAAACAAUCUCUGUGCAGCAAUAUAGGGCGGGUCAGUCCAACCCAACAUUUUUCAUUGAGACUGGAAAUAAGAGUUAUGUGCUCAGAAAGAAACCUCCAGGAGAACUGCUGCCUGGAGCUCACAAGGUGGAUAGAGAGUAUACAGUACAGAAGGCCCUGCACUCUGUUGGCUUUCCUGUUCCUCAUCCUCUGCUUUACUGCACAGAUACUCGUGUCAUUGGCACAGACUUUUACAUCAUGGAGCAUGUACAGGGACGUAUAUUCAGAGACCUGAGGCUCCCAGGGGUCAGUGUGGCAGAACGAGGGGCUCUGUAUGUGGCUGCAGUGGAGACGUUAGCCAAACUUCAUUCUCUGGAUAUCCGAACACUUGGCCUCCUGGGAUACGGGAAGGGUGCGGGAUAUUGUAAGAGACAGGUAUCCACCUGGACCAAGCAGUACAAAGCCUCUGCCCAUAAAGAUAUACCGGCAAUGGAGAAACUUGCUAAUUGGCUGAGCCACAACCUGCCAACCAGUGACAAUGAAGUGACCCUUGUUCAUGGGGAUUUUCGAGUUGACAACCUGAUAUUUCACCCUACAGAGGCUCGCGUGGUGGCUGUGCUGGACUGGGAACUGUCCACUACCGGACAGCCUAUAGCAGACUUGGCCUAUUUCCUGAUGCCACACUAUUGGCCUAGUCACUACAAAGUCAUCAGCACAAUGGGCGGAGUCACAGGAGUAGAGGGAAUUCCCUGUCCAGAUGACCUGAUAUCCAUCUACUGCCGUUGUCGAGGGAUCCCAAACUCUCUGCCUCAGCAAAACUUCUACGUUGCCAUGGCCAUUUUCAAAAUGGCUGCAAUUGCACAGGGCAUCUAUGCAAGGCAUCUCUUGGGCAAUGCCAGUUCUGCUAACGCUGCUGAGUUUGGAGAGAGCGUUGGACCAUUAGCUGAACUUGGUCUACAGAUAGCCCUCAGCCCCACGUUAGUGGUGCCGAUCUCUGAUCAGCUGUUUCUGCAGUCACCCAAAGGUCAGGCUGUCUAUCAACAUGUGAGAGAGUUCAUGAGAAAACAUGUACUUCCUGCCCAACAGGAGGUACAUGAAUACUAUGCCAAGCACAAGGACACACCUGUAAGAUGGCACACACCUCCUGUGAUAGAGGAGCUGAAGGCAAAAGCUCAAACUGCUGGCCUGUGGAAUCUGUUUCUUCCAGCAGAGAGUGGCCUCUCUCAGCUAGACUACGCUCACAUCGCAGAGGAGACCGGACACUGCUUUUACGGCCCUGAAGUCUUCAACUGCCAAGCACCAGACACUGGGAAUAUGGAGGUUCUGCAUCUCUUUGGUACUGAAGAACAGAAAAGACUCUGGCUGGAUCCUUUACUGCGAGGAGACAUACGGUCCUGUUUCUGUAUGACAGAACCUGAUGUUGCCUCAAGUGAUGCCACCAACAUGGAGUGCACCCUUCACAGGGAUAAAGACCAUUACAUCAUUAACGGCAAGAAGUGGUGGAGCAGCGGUGCUGGUAACCCAAAGUGUGAGAUUGCUGUAGUGAUGUGCAAGACCAAGUCUCUGGACACAAAUAGUGACAGGCAUAGGCUGCACAGCAUGAUUCUCGUUCCUAUGAACACACCUGGAGUGAAGAAGAUAAGGCCACUCACAGUUUUCGGACAAGACGAUGCAAUCCAUGGUGGCCAUUUCGAAAUCCACUUUGACAACGUGCGAGUUCCUGCUUCCAACAUUCUUCUUGGUGAGGGAAGGGGUUUUGAGAUAGCUCAGGGACGGCUGGGACCAGGUAGACUUCACCACUGCAUGAGGGCUGUGGGGUUGGCAGAGUGGGCACUGGAGUUACUGUGCCAGCGAGCAGCCCAGAGACACACCUUUGGAAAGAAGCUGUACCAGCAUGAGGUGGUAGCUCAUUGGAUAGCUGAGUGUCGAAUUGCCAUCGCACAGACACGUCUGUUAACUCUACAUGCGGCCCACACACUGGACACACAGGGCAACAAGGCUGCAAGGAAACAGAUUGCUAUGAUAAAGGUGGCAGCAGGCAGGAUGACAUGUAAGGUGGUGGACUGUGCCAUUCAGGUGUAUGGGGGUGCAGGAGUGUGUGAUGACUUCCCCCUUGCAGAAAUGUAUGCUUAUGCACGAACCCUGCGCAUUGCUGAUGGACCUGAUGAGGUUCACUUGUCCUCCAUUGCUCUCCUGGAGCUCAGAGACCAACUGAGACAAACCCAAGCUAGACUCUGAUUCAAACACACAGCCUCUGUUACUUCCUGAAAAC